GGAUGAUACAAUGCGAACCAUCGAGCAUUACUCGCGGAUAGCUUGACUUCUUCAAUCGUAUCUCAUUGCGACGGAAAUUCUACUACGUUUGGAUCAUAAAAUUGCUUUGACCAAUUCAAAUUUUGGUUUCAGUGACUCAAAAAAUUGAGGUUAAAGAUUCCAUUAAUUUUUUGCAAAUUGGAGACAAGGACAACGAAUUUAAAUCUCCAGUGUCUAUCUUUUUCCACCAACAAUCAACAAAAUGUCGCGACUCGUGCUGAACAAAGCACACUCGCUUUCCAAUCUUCUGAAAACUACACAGGCGCCAGUCUCCGCAUGCGGUUAUCAUGCAAAGGUUAUCGACCACUAUGAGAACCCCAGAAAUGUUGGAUCUCUCGAUAAGAAAAAACGAAACGUUGGUACAGGCCUCGUUGGAGCACCAGCAUGUGGAGACGUGAUGAAGUUGCAGAUCGAGGUUGACGACGAUGGCAAAAUUGUUAAUGCUAAAUUCAAGACUUUUGGUUGCGGGUCUGCUAUUGCUUCAUCAUCUCUUGCUACGGAAUGGAUCAAAGGAAAAACAGUGGAUGCUGCUGGAAAAAUCAAAAACACGGAUAUCGCCAAGGAACUUUCUCUUCCUCCCGUGAAACUGCAUUGUUCCAUGUUGGCUGAAGACGCGAUUAAGGCGGCUCUGCAAGAUUACAAGAAAAAGCAGGAUCCAGAGGUUACUGCUGUCAAGGAGUAAAAUUUUAUUUGGGUUCCUGUAAUAGAUCCGAAUAUGUACCUAAUAUCAUAAUUACUUAAAUAGUUACAAAAAAGAGUAGGCGAAAACAGCCAAAUCUGAUGUAUACAUUGAUAAUGUUAUUGUUACUUGAUAAAAAACAUGGAAUAAUCUAGUCUGAAAUUGACGACGACAAGAACUGAUUAUGGUGACUCACCAUUGUUGAGCCGACAUCCUAUAGCUGGCUAUCAAAGAUAAUACGUACAUAAUAUCUCUCGCAAUGUUAGCAUAUAUAUGAAUAGUUUUAAAAUUUUAAGCAAUCGGAAUAAGCUGAUCAGUUGUUGAGUCAGGCAGGGUUCUACCACCUACUUGGAGAAGAAGACAUCAAAUAGAAUUUAUGAACUAAAAUAGCAUGGAUAUUUAGUGCACGAUGCACACAUUUUGUAGUUUAAUAUAAUCACAUUCUUAUUGAGUAUGUAUACAUGCACAUCAGAUACGAAUAAAUAAAUCAGGACUUUAUUUUAACUUUAAA